AUGUCCGAUAAACCGAUCUCACCAUCGGUUUCCAAGCAAACCCGCCGAUUCGCACCAAAUACACGAGGUCGAGGAAGAGGAACCCGUCCUGCUCGACCUAGUGAGGUUGAUUCAGCUAUCAAGCAGGAAGGUGGCGAUUCUGGAGAAACCUCGCUCAAUGGAGUACCAAUGUCCAGCAAACCGAUUGGCCACAUACGCUCUGAUAAUACGCAAGAAGGACGCCUACCAAGUGUGCAUGAUGGACAACGCACAAGGGGUGGUGCAGCUAAGAUGAAAUUUAAGCCUACGAUACCUGCCAGACGAAAUAAGAAGGAAGCGUCAUCAUCUGCUGUCGAUGAGGCAUUAAAUGCAAAGAAUGCAGAACAUGGACGAGGUUCAUUUAGAGGGCGUGGUGAUCGAGGUCGCGGUCGAGGAAGAGGAAGAGGCCGUGGUCGUGGCCGUGGCGACAUUGUUGCUGAAAGUACGGCAUCGGGUUUCUUUUCACUUGGGCCAUCUGCGAUGGCAAACAGAGCCCGUGGCGCUUUUGGUGGUAGCGGUGGAUAUGCAACUUUCAGUGGCGACUCGUCAUCAAGAACUGACAUGUACAACGACAAAGAUUCGGAUAUGAUUCAUCUAUUUGGUGAUAACCACGACGACACUCUCCCAAUUGUGUUUAAGCAUAUAUCAAGGACAGCUGGAGAAUUAGAUCCGAGUGACUUGACAUCCACUGGACCCAAGGUUCCCUGGUUACGAACAGUAUCGAAAGCAAGAACGACCAUAAAGAAUGCAUCCUUCAAAGAUCAAGAAAAAGCAAAAGUUAAAGACGAGCCAUCUAACGAGGAACAAUCCAUGUCAGAUAUUAAAAUGGACGCAGAUGACGAGCAAGAGGAAACCGUCCCCGAUAUAUCUAGUCUGCCACCAGUUAUGAUGGAUGCGGAUGCACCAGCACAAUAUCUAUUUGGUCUAGAUGAGAACGAGCAAAUCGUCUCGGUUGCUGAUGACGAGCUGUUAUUUUUCCAACUUCCAUCCAUACUCCCGCAAUUCGAAAAAGUCAAUGACGAGCCAAUAGAAGCUGCCGAUGACAAAGACAAGCAAUUACCUCCAGCUGCGAAAAAAUCGACUCUUGAGAGUGCAAUGGCGUCUCUUUCUUUGGGGGAUAUGCCACAAGGCCAAGUGGGCUCGCUAGUGGUAUAUAAGAGCGGGAAGAUGAAGCUCAAGAUAGGCGAUGUUCUAUUUGAUAUCACUCAAGGCAUGCAGUCCUCGUUUUUGGAGAAUGCCAUGAUGGUCGAUACUCUGAGUGAGGACAAAAAGAAAGUGAUUGAAUUAGGUAAUCUUACACAGAAGUUUGUUUGCAUGCCAGAUAUGGAUGCACUUCUCGAAGACCAAACUAUACGAUAA